AGAUGCAGGUGGAUUCUUGGGCAUUUGCUAUUAACUUCCUUCCAAAAUGUCACCAUUCCUGUAUCUGGUUCUCUUGGUACUUGGGCUUCAUGCUACAAUCCACUGUGCAUCACCUGAAGGCAAAGUAACAGCCUGCCAUUCAUCCCAACCAAAUGCCACUCUCUACAAGAUGUCAUCCAUUAAUGCUGACUUUGCAUUCAAUCUGUACCGGAGGUUCACUGUGGAGACCCCAGAUAAGAACAUCUUCUUUUCCCCUGUGAGCAUUUCUGCAGCUUUGGUUAUGCUUUCCUUCGGGGCCUGCUGCAGCACCCAAACUGAGAUUGUGGAGACCUUGGGGUUCAACCUCACAGACACUCCAAUGGUAGAGAUCCAGCAUGGCUUCCAGCAUCUGAUCUGUUCACUGAAUUUUCCAAAGAAGGAACUGGAAUUGCAGAUAGGAAAUGCCCUCUUCAUUGGCAAGCAUCUGAAACCACUGGCAAAGUUCUUGAAUGAUGUCAAGACCCUCUAUGAGACUGAAGUCUUUUCUACCGACUUCUCCAACAUUUCUGCAGCCAAGCAGGAGAUUAACAGUCAUGUGGAGAUGCAAACCAAAGGGAAAGUCGUGGGUCUAAUUCAAGACCUCAAGCCAAACACCAUCAUGGUCUUAGUGAACUAUAUUCACUUUAAAGCCCAGUGGGCAAAUCCUUUUGAUCCAUCCAAGACAGAAGACAGUUCCAGCUUCUUAAUAGACAAGACCACCACUGUUCAAGUGCCCAUGAUGCACCAGAUGGAACAAUACUAUCACCUAGUGGAUAUGGAAUUGAACUGCACAGUUCUGCAAAUGGACUACAGCAAGAAUGCUCUGGCACUCUUUGUUCUUCCCAAGGAGGGACAGAUGGAGUCAGUGGAAGCUGCCAUGUCAUCUAAAACACUGAAGAAGUGGAACCGCUUACUACAGAAGGGAUGGGUUGACUUGUUUGUUCCAAAGUUUUCCAUUUCUGCCACAUAUGACCUUGGAGCCACACUUUUGAAGAUGGGCAUUCAGCAUGCCUAUUCUGAAAAUGCUGAUUUUUCUGGACUCACAGAGGACAAUGGUCUGAAACUUUCCAAUGCUGCCCAUAAGGCUGUGCUGCACAUUGGUGAAAAGGGAACUGAAGCUGCAGCUGUCCCUGAAGUUGAACUUUCGGAUCAGCCUGAAAACACUUUCCUACACCCUAUUAUCCAAAUUGAUAGAUCUUUCAUGUUGUUGAUUUUGGAGAGAAGCACAAGGAGUAUUCUCUUUCUAGGGAAAGUUGUGGACCCAACGGAAGCGUAGUUGGGAAAAAGGCCAUUGGCUAAUUGCACGUGUAUAUUGCAAUGGGAAAUAAAUAAAUAAUAUAGCCUGGUGUGAUUGAUGUGAGCUUGGACUUGCAUUCCCUUAUGAUGGGAUGAAGAUUGAACCCUGGCUGAACUUUGUUGGCUGUGGAAGAGGCCAAUCCUAUGGCAGAACAUUCAGAAUGUCAAUGAGUAAUUCAUUAUUAUCCAAAGCAUAGGAAGGCUCUAUGUUUGUAUAUUUCUCUUUGUCAGAAUACCCCUCAACUCAUUUGCUCUAAUAAAUUUGACUGGGUUGA